GGCCCAUUCCGUAAGUGUGCAGUUGUUUUCGAAGGCAGAACUAUUAACGUAAAAGUUACCUAUGUGAAAAUGGCGAAAUGCAUCACUUAAAACAGACGAAAGAAGCCAGCAAGGUUACCCCUUCAACGCUUAAAUGGGGCAGCGCUGAAAAACAAACAACUACCACAGUCUUGGUUAGCUGGCUUUUAUUUUUUCAAAUUCAUCUGUUGCCAGUUGAAGCGGAAUCAACGUGAUUUGAGGCGUUGCCUGUCGGCCACCGUCAGAGACCGAGCAGCCUAUCCCGGAGGACCAACCAUCACACACUCGAAAUGCCUUCCACUUGUAACUUGUAGCUAACGACUGGCUGUUCAAACAUACGAUGGACUGUAUCGGCAGCUAGCUAGUUCAAUUUUAAACGACCAUGUAAGCUGUCUUGCCCGGGAAGGCAGUUGACUCGUGACUGAUCGCCGUAGGACGGUACAGGAGGAGCCAGUUCCAGCCCUCCGAACCAACGACAACGAAAGACGCACCGAGACUGAGGGUACAUUCGAGCACUCCCCUCCCAGCGCACAAGUCCGCGUUCACACACUCCGGGUAACUACAGCGCAUUUUUUUUCUUUUUCUUUUUUUUUUCUCCCGUCGGUUUCUGACCGUUUGACGCCUCCGUAUGCCUGCGCCUACACCCGUCUCGACACCCUGAAGGCAGAGAGAGGAGCGGAGGGAGGGAGGCAGCGGCAGCUCCGGGGUCCCCGACACUCAGCCGAGGAGAGGCAUCGCUGAAAUGAGAUGAGGCUCAGAAAUGGAACUGUGGCCACUGCGAUUAUUUUCUUCACGUCGUUCCUCAGCCUGUCCUGGUACACAGCGUGGCAGAAUGGCAAAGAGAAGCUGAUAGCAUACCAGAGGGAGUUCCAUGCCUUGAAAGAGCGCCUUCGUGUGGCAGAGCACCGGACGCUGCAGCGCUCGUCUGAGCUAAACAACAUUCUCGAGCAGUUCAGACGCGCCAUCGCAGAGACGAACAGCAGCAAAGAUGCCCUCACAAACUUUUCAGAUGAGACACAGAAACUAUUGAAGGAGCUUGCAAACAGGAAACCUCUCCAGGUGCCAAAUAUCUACCACCACCUGCCUCACCUUCUCAACAAUGAGGGCAGCCUUCACCCCGCUGUGCAGGUCGGUCUUGGCCGCACAGGAGGUGGGCAGGUAUCUGUUACAGACAAGGUUACCAUGGUGAUGGGGAUCCCCACAGUGAAGCGCAAGGUGAAGUCGUAUCUGUCAGAGACGCUGCGUUCGCUAAUAGACAAGCUGUCACCAGAGGAGAAACUUGACUGUGUCAUUAUUGUCUUCGUCGGGGAGACUGAUGUGGACUACGUUCACAGCGUGGUUGCUGUCCUGGAGAAAGAGUUUUCUACAGAGCUGAGUUCAGGUUUGCUGGAGGUCAUCUCUCCGCCUGCUGCCUAUUACCCUGACCUCACCAACCUCAAAGAGACUUUUGGAGACUCUAAAGAGAGAGUCAAAUGGAGGACCAAGCAGAAUUUGGACUAUUCCUUCCUCAUGAUGUAUGCUGUGAGCAAAGGGGUUUACUAUGUCCAGCUGGAGGAUGACAUUGUGGCCAAGCCCAACUACUUUGCCACUAUGAAGAACUUUGCCCUUCAGCUCUCAUCGGAGGACUGGAUGAUCCUGGAGUUCUCUCAGCUGGGCUUCAUUGGAAAAAUGUUCCAGGCUCCAGACCUGAACUUAAUUGUUGAGUUCAUCUUCAUGUUCUACAAGGAGAAGCCCAUCGACUGGCUGCUGGACCACAUUCUCUGGGUCAAAGUCUGCAAUCCUGAAAAAGAUGCGAAACACUGCGAGCGUCAGAAGUCCAGCCUGCGUGUGCGGUUCAGACCCUCCCUGUUCCAACAUGUGGGACUCCAUUCUUCACUUGCCGGAAAGAUCCAAAAGCUCACAGACAAGGACUUCCUGAAGCCGCUGCUCCACAAGAUGCAUGUCAACCCCCCAGCUGAGGUUUCCACUUCAAUGAAGGUGUAUCAGGGUCACACAUUAGAGAAGACGUACCUGGGAGAGGACUUCUUCUGGGCCAUCACUCCUACUACUGGAGACUAUGUCCUCUUCAAAUUUGACAGACCUGUGAGCAUAGAGAGGUUCCUGUUUCGCAGCGGAAACCAGGAGCACCCGGGAGACAAGAUAGAGAACACCACCGUGGAAAUACUGCCUGUCUCGGAACCGGGAUUGCAGACCAAAGAGAAGUACAAGCGAACUGAAGACCGCUUUUACAGGAUCGGUCAUUUUGAGAAAGGAGUGGCAGAAGGGGCUGUAGAUCCUUCCUUCAAUCCUGUCUUGGCACUGCGGCUAUCAGUUCUCAAGGACUCGGCUGUAUGGGCCAUCCUCAGUGAAAUACAUAUAAAGAGGAUAGCUGGCUGAUUCUUCUGGAGCGGGCACAUGAAACAUGGCCCCAGGGGGACCAAAAUUCUCUAGACUGCUUACGCAGGGCCUCUGGCACCUAGCAACCAGCAGUGAAGUCAUUAGAGCCCACUAGAGUUGCUCAUCUGAGCUUGUCUGAGGAACGCCACCUCUCUGUCCCUGCUCCUCCCAAUGUUCUUUUCUUUGCUUCUACUCAUCGAUCAAUUUCUCCCUUUCUUUCUGCAUCUCUCCCCCACUCUUGUGCUCUUAAUUCAUUUUGUGAGAAUGUGAAUACUACUGUCUACAGAACAACAGUGACGCGUGCAAAGACAUCCGUUCCAAGCUCUGGCUCUCAAAGUGACUGUGUCGUUCAGCAGCUUUGAUCACAAUCAGAAAACGUCUGGACGAAUGAGGACAAAAUCUUCACAUCUGGGGAGAACCAGUCACCUGGCCACUGGUGUCGAUGCUGCCAAAUCCUUCUCUGUUACUCAAUGCUGCCACCUUUUGGGCAAGCUGGGGCUUUGCACUGUCACUAGCGCCUCAGCAACAAAGCCCGUGAUGAUCAAGAAUGUUGUCAUCACUAAUGGCCAGUUGCUCUCUGUUCUCGACAGAGGUGGCCGGAGCUCUAGAUCAACACCAGCCCAGACGAAAAUGUUUCCCUCACCUCCAGAGUAUUGUCAGUCACACUCUAAUACUCCACUCGUCCUGAAACACAAACUCAGGAUGCCGGUUACAACUUUGACCGUAGGCCGGAUUCUAUGGUAACGACCCCAGUCCAUCACGAAGUACCACGACACCUUAUCUAUCUCACCUACUGUCUGACAGGCCGUGUAUGACCUCAGUGUCCAUUUAUAGUAACAACCAAUCAGACAUUGCCUUGCCGUCAUUUUCCCGAAGGAAUAUAUUGUUAUAUUGAUAUAUUGUUACAGCUAUGACGAUCUAUGAAGGUGACUUAAUUUAUUUGAAAUAAAUCUUUAAUUUGUACAAGAGGUAAAAAUAUAUUUUUAUUCUAUUAAGAGAUGUUUAUGGUAGUUCAGAGUCUGUUUUAUUUGUGUACUGUUGUGGGGGUUUUUUGUUGUUUUUUUUAUUUUAUUUUUUCUCAAUUGAUAUUGUACGUUUUAUUUUCACUGUUAAAGUUACUUGCAAAGUUGCUUUGUCUGACGGUGCAAGUGGCUGAAGCUGUACCACUUUCUUGAAGCAAAAGAUCAAAACUAAUACAGUUUUAUUUCAGCUGCUUAUACACAAAAUAUUGGGAGAGUUGUGAAUAGAUUCUGCUGUUGGUCAAAAUUGGAAAUACGUGCCUUAUACCCGAGUCCCUUGAAAUUGUCUCAGCAACACAAUUCCAAUCUGUUCCCUCUCACUUUUGCCUACACUCUGAUUGCUGGAUUUAUUAACAUUUUUAGAUGACACACACAAUCCAAUUGGUGAUUGGAUGCUGACAAUAAUAUCUUGGUGUUAUCGAAGUGAAAAGGGUUAAAAUGAACAUGUUACCAGAUUAUUGUCUAAAACAGCGUGAUUUGCACUGCUUUUUCACUUUUUUUUUUUUUUUUUUUGGUUGCCAUCACACUUUUCACCAUCGUACUUAAAAUUUCCCAUCUUCCCACAGGGGAUGCUCAUUUCACCGACCCCUCCAAAUACACAGCAACAAUUCAUUUUGUCCAAACAAGUAUCUGUUUGAUUGGACAGAAUACUAUGACUACUGAUCACUGCAGAGUGCACCAUUGUUGUAUGAUUUGGCUGAGGUUGUGUAAGAACUUUCACUGAUUGUAAAUACUAUAUAAAAAAAGCAAUGAACAUUAUUUCUCUUCCUUUCCCUCACUCUCUCUUCUGCUUCACCUGUUAGUUUCUUGAAAUUCACUUGACAUGUUUUGUAUUUGUGUGUGUGUGUGCGUGUGUGUGUGUGUGUGUCCAGUGUUUGGAGAGGAAGCUGUUUGUUUUGUUUUUUUUUUUAAGUGAACAUUCACUUAUUUUCACAUCACAAUGGUUUGUUCAAGGGGGUAGUGAAGUGCCUUUUGGUGGACUUGUUACAGUAAUGGGACAGUGUUUGCUGAUCAUGCUUUUACACAUGCGUGAUUAUUAUUUGUAAUUUUUCACAUUUUUUGGGACAGAGAAGCCUCCUCCACCCCUUGAUCAAACCAUCCAUGCUAGAGCUGUACUCAAGAAAACUGAAGUGGUUUGAUCUCAGCCUCUUCGGGGGACAAUACGAGAAAGCCACUCAACCGGUGGAAUGUGUUUUGAAAGGGGAAGCACCCUUUGUCCUGCAUCCACAUACAAACAGAAACUGAAUGCAUGAAAACAGCAUGAACGGUCAUGUGAUCCCCCUUACUGUAUUUGUGAGAAGUGGACAGGAGAUGAAAAAGAAAAGGAUCUCUUCCCUUCCUCGACAGCCCCAUACACCCAUCAGUUCAUGUGCCUUCAUCAUGUACAUGUGUAUGCCUGCCUCUGAUGUUUUUGACAUCAUUUUACAUGGACAUCUUUGAAAUAAAUGAUAAAUGUUGGUAGAAAGUCA